AAAGAUUAAAAUUAUUUAUUGACUUGUUAAAUUUCAUUUUUAACUCUAUAUUAUUUUUUAUUUUAUUUUCAUGAUUGCCGGUGUCACCCGGAAGUAAACAGUGCUUACCGGAAGCGUACAGCAGGAAAAUGGGUGUAACGUGUGUGUGUCAGGUGCCUGUGACUGAAGGGAAGAGCGUUCAACAAACAGUUGAUAUGCUACAUAAAAAACUGGAGCAGCUUGGAGCUGUUAAACAGGGAAACUUCUGGGUGGACUGUGAGACGUACCACACAACAGGAAACACAACCGGUCAGCCAUCAAAACUUCUGUACGUGAUGCAUAAUUCAGAGACACCACUGAGCUGCAUGGCUCUGUUUGAGGGUGGACCGUAUCUCACCGCAGACACAAACUUCGACGUUUUGAUGGUGAAACUAAAGAGUCACUUUCAGAACGCCAAGGCUCAUAAGGUGGAGAGUCGAGGUGCCCGCUAUCGCUACUGUGACUUUUUGGUGAAGGUUGGCACCAUUACCAUGAGCUCCAGUGCCAGAGGGAUUUCAGUGGAGGUGGAGUACUGUGCUUGUGUGAUUCCUGGUGACUGCUCGAACCUCAUAAAGGAGUUCAUGCAGAGCUUUCUGGGCUCAAAUGCCCCUGAGCUCCCCAUAACUAAACCAGAUGGUCAACUUUAUACACCUGUGGACUGUAUGGACACUAUGAUCCAGUACCUUGAGCUCUUCAGCAAAGUUCGCAAACAACAGGUGCUACCGGGCAGCGGUGUACGCUGAGGAAAUCCAGCUGAACCAAGAUCAUGAAAAACAAGACUUUAGAUCUACAGACAGUCCUGUUUGGAUUUUGUGAGAGAAGACUUUAUAGUUAAACAAACUAUGAUUGUUUAUCAUAGGAUUAAUUCAUGUUAAGUGUUGUUUUUUUGGUUUGUAAAUAAUAUUUUUUACAUACAAUUUGUAAAAUAAACAGUUUGCUUUUGUUCAAAUGUAAUAAUUUUGUUUCAGUUCAGUUCAUCAAUCCAUUGGAAUUUGUAAAGCAAUGUCACAUUUGCAUUAAACAAAUGAAGAACAGAUGAAGCAGCAGACGAUUGGCUAGAAAAGACCGUUUAUUUGAAUAUGCAUGAGCAGGACACACUAUGGCCGAAUCCCAAUUUGAAUAUCAUCCAUUCUACUGUAUAUAGUAUGUGAGGAUGAAAUGACUGCAUGCUAAAUCAUCAUUUAUUUAGUACAGUAGGUCAAAUGUACACAGAUGGUAAAUGAUUUUCUGAGGCAGGCAUCUGUGCUUUCCUUUCAUUACAGAAGAGUUUCUAUUGGCUCACUUUGAACUUUUUGAUUGUAGAUAAAGGCAAUGAAUGCAAGCUGACACAUAACUUAAAAUUAAUUUUAAGGUAACCAUGGAAACACUUACAUGCAAACCAGUUUUAAAUAAAUGCUGUUUUAUUUUA